GGGAAUUGUAGUUUUAGCGACGUUUUAGCAACCGGCUAACUACCAACUUGUCAACGGCUGGCUGUUCCUCACUACUGUCGCCUACAACUUCAGAAUGCAGAACGGGCUGUGUAUAGAUGGCGGAGAGCAAUGACUGAGGAGUUUGAUGAAGAUGUGGUAUUUGAGAACUCCCCUCUUUUCCAGUACCUGCAUGAUCUAGGGCACACAGACUUUGAGGCAUGUCCAACAGCGUCACAGGACGACGAAUAUGGUGGACAAGAGGGAGACCUCACCACUCCUGACGAAGAUCCACGGAAAACUUCAGGAGGACGCUUCUGGAGACUGGCUGAAGCGUUGUGGAGAUGGAGCCCGAUUCACCAGGCGGCUGCAUCUCGUAAGAUGGGCCAGCAGCUGGACUGUGUCUUCGGCCAGUACUCCGUGAAGUGCAUUCUGGACCAGGACGUGCUGCUGCAGGAGGAUGUGGAGCUGAUCGAGCUGUUAGACCCGAGUCUGCUCACCCUCGGCUCGUCCGUCUCUGGCUCAUCCAGCCGAGCGAGCACACUGCCCAGACCAAGCCUCAUAGCCAGGCCCUCCCUAUGGGACGUGGCGGGGCUGGUCGGCCUGGCUGCGGUGCUGCUGGGUCUCUGCUCUGAGGGCCUGUGGUCGCUGGCGGCAGCGCCGUGGGGCCUGGCACUGCUGGGCUGGCUUGGACUGAGGGGAGUCAUGCUGUGGAGAAUGGGCCGCAUGCAGAGAGCCGUCCACACACGGGCCACGCAGCUCCAGACCCUGGUCCACAACAGCAAGACUCUGACCGGGCUGUCUCGUAAAGCCCUGCGCCUGGUGCAGGAGACGGAGGUCAUCUCCAGAGGGUUCACCCUUUUGCUCGACAGGGUGAGUGCGGCCAACUCCUUUAGCAGGGCGGGGCCGGGGGCGGUGCCACGAGGCCAGCAGCUGAUGGGACUGAGGAAGGCCCUGUACCGGGCGCUCCGGACGGCCUUCAGAGCGUCUCGUAGAGCCACCUGUCACAUGCUCAAGGCGUUCCCUCUGAACUCUGAGAUCGAUAAUGUGACCAACUAUGUGUCUGCGGUGCCUCUGAAGGAGCUGGGACUCGGCCUGGGGAUUGAGCACCUGGGUGACGAGCAGGCUCAGGAGCUGACCGAUGACUACAGCCUGCCUGCCCUGAAGAUGCUGUUCCAGCUGUGGGUGGGACAAAGCUCUGAAUGUUUCCGUCGACUGGCUCUUCUCCUGUCACACCGAAGAAUAGAGGAGCCAGAAGAGGGCGUACUCAACGAAGACACCUCCCCACCCCCUCCCCCGCUGCACCGCUCCAUCGCCGCUGUGACCGAGCCCCUCCAUCACGCUCUGGGCAGCUGCCUCUGCGAAGUGCAGCGCAGCUACGACUUCCACCGACACUUUGAGACCCAUCUGAGGACGACGGGCUCUGACAGGACGGGGAGAGCAAGGGAGAAAUGCCGGGAGCUCAACACCCUGCACACCUCCAUCCGAAGCCUGCAGCUGCACCUCAAGGCCCUGCUCAGCGAGAUGAUCAUCCUGGAGGACGACCUGGAGAAACUGAUGGUGUCCAAGGAACUGACGGAGUUGACGUUUGAGGGCUACCAGGCCCUCAGUGACCGGCUGCACCAGCUGCAGCCUCACAUGCAGGCCAGCACCGGCUGCUGGGAGGACACCAUCUGCCAGGUGGAGCGCAUGCUGAGACGGGCCAACGCCUGUCCAGGUUAUGCUGAGGGUCUGGAGCAGUGUGGUACCCCUGUAACCGAGAUUCCUGCUCCUCCUCCAUCCUACCCGUUGAUCCUGGACAGAGACCCUGUGCCAGAAGAGCUGGAGUGGGAGGCCUACGUGUCCGACUCGGACUCUGACGGCGAAGGCAGAGGGUCUUGGUCUGACAUCUUGUCACCGGAGGAACGGGAGCGGCAGCGCCGGGAGAGGGAGGAGUCCCGUCGCGUCCUGUCAGAGCUCAAAGCUGUGCUGGGCUUCCGUGCGUCAGAGGGGGAGAGGAUGAAGAGGAAGCAGCUGCUUUUCAACGACCAAGCUGCUGUGACACCUUCAGCUCACGGCGAGAGUUCAGAUCUUGCCACAAAGCCAUCAGACGCUCCGACCUCCCUGGGAUCUAUAGAAAGUGGCGACGAAGAAGGAAACCACUUUUCAGAGUGCUCUGUAGGAAACAAAGGGGAGGAAGGGGAAGGAAAAGAUGGCAGGGUGAGGCCUGACCCCUCCGCAGAGCCAGUGACGGAGUUCAGCUGUGGCUUGGAGGAGAAGGAAGGGGAUUUGGGAGGAACUUCGGUGUGUACCAGAGGAGGAGGAGGAGCGUCUGAGCUACACCAAUACGACGGUGUCCUGGAGGAGGGCCAGAACGGUCUGGACUGCUUCCUGAAGCCCAAAGUCCCUGCUGUCACCGUGAUGGACAGACUGACGGAGCUCCACGGCCCAGAGGCUCUCAGCUUCAGCUCCGCCCUCGCCGCUCAGGUGGCGGCACGCUCGCACUCGCUCAUCGCCAUGGAGGAGCAGACGUUCGGUGAUGAUGAUGAUGAGGAGGAUGAAGAGGAGAGCGACAGUCAAACCCUUGAGAAGGACUUAAAUUAAAACCCCCCGCUGCUUUAACCUAGCACUGAGCAGAGACUGUAUUUAUGUCUGAUUGUCUGGUUGUCUUUUAUCGAUGGGUCUGUGUUACAUCUUAACCGUUUCUUGUGUGGAGGCAUUUCAAAUUUUCGCCACUCUCUCUAUACCCAUCCGUCCAUUUUACUGUACAUUACCCACAAUUCUUACUGCUCUUUUGCUGUUAAAACUCAGGUACCAGAACCACUAAAACAUGACCUUUAUAGUGUUAAGAUCGGAAGACCAAAAUGUCUGCAGUUACCUGGUAACAUCAACACAGUGUAUAUUGUUCACAGUCAUACAGUGUGUCUGGAAACGAAGAUUGUAGGAAACGUUGGCUCCAUACAUAAAAAAGAAGUGUUUUUUUUUGUUCUUUUGAGAGAAAAAGAUUGGAUUUAAUUGCAGUUUUUUAAAACACUCCAAUCUGAGUUACUUUUAGGAAGUUGUGCGCUGGGGGAGUUGAAAGGUUAAGAGCAAUAUUCUGAGAUACAAUGGUACUUCUCUGUGUUCAGACAGAAGGCGAAGUUAGAUGCAAACAGCUGUCUGCCUGAUUUUAAAAACGUUUCAUCUCAUGCGACAAAUUUCAAGCUUACGUGUAUCUCGGAACUUUAUGAAACGUCCAGAAAUAAAAGGAAAGAGAGUAUGCCACAAUGUAAAAAUACUCUGUUACAAGUAACAGUCUUGCAUUCAGAAUUCAACUGAACCUAAAUAUUGUCAACAAAAUGUAGUAAGGUGUAAAAAUUAAAGUACUCGUAAAGCAUAAUAGACCAUUUCAGAGUAUUUAUAAAACAAAGUUAAGAUAUUUUUAUUUUUUAGGAUUUCCGGUGCUCAAAUUUGUACUUAGGUACAAUACUUGGGUAAAUGUUGUUUCCACUACUGCAGUUAGUAUAUUGAAUGUUUCAGGUAAAAAAUAAAAAAUACAGUCCAGAAGUCAAGUUCAUGCGAAUGACGCAAGGGGAAAAUAUGCUUCACUUUCUAUCCGAACACACCUGAAGAAGAAGGUUGAACUCGGCUGACUGAGUCAGACAGUUAUAUGCACACACAAUGUGUGAGAGGGAGCUCUGCAAGAAGAGGCAGUAGAAUGCGAUCUUUACUAUCAGCGCUUUAUUUUUGUCUGGCCCUUUCUGCGAUCCAUCUCCCUACUUACUGUCAGACUGGACACGAUGGUGGUCGGACACAUAGCAGACGUUCACAAUCCUAUUUCGAAUGCAACACUAUUGUAUCUAAGAACAGUUCAUGAAGACUGAAACAGUCCCAUUUUUCAGCAUCUGUGUUUACAGGGGCACACUGGGAGGAAAGAUCAGAAAGACUUGUUUAUGACUCUACACUUUAUGGACUGAACUGUGUGCUGCUGUGAGGUUUUUUAAAUCAAAUAGCUGUACGGGUAUAGUAAUAAAGGUUGAUUUUCUCUAA